AUGGCGUGCAGGACUGUUUUGAGAACCGUCUUCUUGACAGACCCAUUGCGACCUUUGCCUCCUAAUCGAGCCACCUUUUCCAUUCCAUUAUUUACCCUGAAAUCUUCAGCACCCAGUUUAAGGUGUGGCUGUAGAAUUAGCAGGACAGAUUACAACUUUGCACGACGAUCACAUCAUCUUAAUUGCUCCAAUAACGAAAACCCAUCAUCAUCGCAGGAUGACCCAGACCAAGGUCCACCUCAAGAAGCUGUUCUCAAGGCAAUUUCAGAAGUGUCGAAGACAGAAGGGAGAGUGGGGCAAACGACUAAUGUGGUUAUUGGAGGUACAGUGACGGAUGAUUCCACCAACGAGUGGCUUACUCUGGAUCAGAAGGUAAACUCUUAUCCGACGGUCAGAGGGUUUACAGCAAUUGGAACAGGAGGUGACGAUUUUGUGCAAGCCAUGGUUGUUGCUGUUGAAUCAGUACUUCAGCAGCCAAUCCCAGAGGGCCAAGUGAAGCAAAAAAUAUCAUCCAGGGGCAAAUAUGUAUCAGUAAACAUCGGACCUGUUCAUGUUGUAUCUAGUGAGCAGGUUCAAGCUGUGUACAAUGCCAUGAGGAGAGAUGUGCGGAUGAAAUAUUUUUUGUAG